AUGCUUGGUGUGGAGAUGUAAAUACGUCCUCGCACCAAAGUCCCUCUUCUAUUGUAGCAGCCGCUCGCUACCUGAAUAUUUUCUAUCAAGCUUAAACACAAAAAGGAAAUUGUUCUAAUACUAACAGAAUGUCAAUCAUAUCCCAAGAUUUCAUGCUCAACCCAGAAGCUGCGACCUUUCUACAUCCAUCUUCUAAUACGGAUAGUACAAAAUGUAGAAUCCACCGGCUCUACUUCCCCACCUGCGGCCACACCCUCACCGUAGCAACCCACGACCCUCGAGUCUGUACACAUACAGACACCACAAAAGCCUGUCCAAGGAUCUACGCAUCCCCGGAGACCUCGCAAUCCUCGACCUUCAGCCCGGAAGCAUGUCACAUCUGCACCAAUAACAUGAGUUGGUUAAGCGAGCACGCCUCGACUCUCAUUGCGAGUCUUGACCUCGAACCAGCUCCAGAGAUGAAUAUACAUGACGAGAUGAGAGACAAAAAACUAGCCAGAGCGAACCGUGACGAACACGCAACUCUCCCCUCCGUCCUUGCACUAGAAGAGGGGUGCGUAGUUCGCCAAAUGAGGUUCGGAGGUUGUACGUGCGUCAUGGAAGUCAUCACCCACAGCACCAGCUGUUACACGCGCGGAAUCUCACAGUGCGAGGAUAGUAAGCUUCUGGUAGCUGGUCAGGCGGCGGGGGGUUUGUGGCAGGAGGGUAUGUGUGCGUGGUGUCGGGGGGAUACCGCGUAUCUCCUGAGAUACGGGGAUGUGGUCCGGCGACUUGAGGGUUCUGAGGUUCCUGCUGGUUCGUCAGGGAUGGGUGGUGAUUUGAGGAGGAUUGAGAAUUGA